UUCGAGGUUGAAUGAAUAAGCAUUUUGAUUAUCAUUGAGACUCGAAGAAGGCUCGAAAAGGCGGAAUUCUGCGGAAGCGAAAACGGAUCCUACACAGAGGGAUAGAUGGGGAUAAUUUGAUAUCCUUUCAGACAAUGAGUUAGCUGAAAAUGCUAAAAAUUAGAUCAUUGUUCUAAUAUCUUUUGAAAUCUUUACUUUCAAUAAUAUUUAGAUACCUAUAUUUUUUAAAUUUAAAAAUGUGCCGAAAUUUAAUUUUACUGAUAGUUAUAGUAUUAAUGAAUCUGAUAGAAAUUAAUGCCUUAACACUUGAGGAACAAAAUGCCAUUCUUGCUUGUCAUAACAACUUUAGAGCUUCCCUAGCUAAUGGAAAAGAGCAAAACAAGACUGGAUUGUUGCCAUCCGGCAUGAAUAUUAAAAAGCUGACUUAUUCCAAAACUGUAGAAACUAGUGCUACUAAUUGGGCAAACAAAUGUACAGAAAGCCAUACUCCAAGUAAUCAGCGCAAAUACGGAGAGAAUCUUGCAAUGGAUGGUGACGCAAAGAUAACUACAAAAGACGCACUUUUAAAAGCUUGUAAAAAUUGGUGGGGGGAAUUCAAAAAAGUUGGAAUACAAUCUAGUCUAGUUGUUAACGGAAAUAAUUUCAUUAAUAUUGGUCAUGCUACACAAAUGGCCUGGGCAGAAACUACCGAAAUUGGUUGUGGGGUAGCAAAAUGUCCAAAUGCGCCGUAUAAAACUUAUACUGUUUGUCAAUAUAAUAAAUCUGGAAAUUAUCUUGGACAAGUUGUUUACAAAAAAGGAAAAGCAUGUAGUGGUUGUGGAAGCAAAGGUUGUUCGAAUGGAUUAUGUAAUAAUUGA